AUGCUCCAGCCGGGACACGCGCGCCCACCGCCAGCGCCCCAGCCCGCUCAGCAUCCCGGCUUCCGCAGGCAGGUAGAGCCGCCGGGCCAGCUCCUACGCCUCUUCUACUGUACCGUCCUGGUCUGCUCCAGAGAGAUCGCCGCGCUCACCGACUUCUCCGGCUACCUAACUAAACUGCUGCAGAACCACACAGCCUAUGCAUGUGACGGGGACCACUUGAACCUGCAGUGCCCUCGGCAUUCCACCAUCAGUGUCCAAUCGGCAUUUUAUGGGCAAGAUUUCCAGAUGUGUGGGUCCCAGCAGAAGGAAGAGCACUUAGCCUGUGUGGCACCCACAACCUUGCAGAAGGUGCUGGAUGAGUGCCAGAACCAGCGGGCCUGCCACCUCCUGGUCAAUAGCCGUGUCUUUGGACCUGACCUUUGUCCAGGAAGCAAUAAAUACCUGCUGGUCUCCUUUAAAUGCCAACCUAAUGAAUUAAAAAACAAAACAGUGUGUGAAGACCAGGAGCUGAAGCUUCAUUGUCAUGAGUCCAAGUUUCUCAACAUCUACUCCGCAACCUACGGCAGGAGGACCCAGGAGAGGGAUGUCUGCGCCUCACAGGCUGGGUGGCUCCCCCCGUUUGACUGCUUGUCUUACUCAGCUUUACACGUAUUAUCCAGAAGGUGCUACGGGAAGCAGAGAUGCAAAAUCCUGGUCAACAACCACCAUUUCGGAAGCCCCUGUCUGCCAGGAGUGAAAAAAUACCUCACUGUUACCUACGCUUGUGUUCCGAAGAACAUCCUCACAGCGAUUGAUCCCGCAAUUGCUAACCUCAAACCCUCUCCAAAGCAGAGAGAUGGUGAGUGUGGGGGUGUCAGCUUCAACCCGAGUGAGUCGAAGAUUCUAAGGAAGGAUGGGGUGAUUGUCAGCAACUCUCUGGCAGCGUUUGCUUACAUCCGGGCCCACCCCGAGAGAGCUGCCCUGCUGUUUGUGUCCAGCGUCUGCAUUGGCCUGGUGCUCACUUUGUGCGCCUUGGUCAUCAGGGUGUCCUGUGCCAAGGACUUCCGGGAGCUGCAGCUGGGGAAGGAGCCCCUGGUAGCAGGCAGUGACCAGGUCGGGGAUGACAGCGAGCAGGGCCAGGAGGAGGAGCACUCUUCCGACACGGAUUUUCCAGGGGAGCUGUCAGCCUUCCGGAGGACUUCCUACCCUGUCUACAGCUCCCUGGAGGCGGCGGAGCUGGCUGAGAGGAUCGAGCGGCGGGAGCAGAUCAUCCAGGAGAUAUGGAUGAACAGCGGUCUGGACACCUCACUGCCCAGACACGUGGGCCAGUUCUACUGAGAGCCAGCCGCGUCAGUGCAAGGCCGUCAC